AUGUCCAACUCGCCGUCCGUUCCCGAAGAUACCUUGCCUAACCCCUUGGUGACACCUGCUACACCUGCCCAACAUGAUUGCUCCAAGGAUAUCUACGGUACCCCACGUCACUUCCGGGAUAAUCUGUCUCAAGGACCUAGGGAGGUAUUAUCACCAUCGCGCGCUGAAUCUCCCACCCAUUCCUGGUCUCAACCCACUCGAUUAUCUUCUCUAAAAAGGACCGCCACCACACCUCCGGAGAAUACGGCCCAACCGGAUAUUGUCUACAGGCCUCAGCUGUCAGAACGUGACAGCAUCUUUGCUACUCAUUACCUCCCUUCAGAUAGCGUCGCAAAUACCCCACAAUUACCCCCCGAAAAGGCCUUGGGCAAUGAAUGUCAGGUCAACUUGAUCCCUAGCCUCGAUGAUGCAUCCGUGUCUCCAAGUGCAUUCUCCAAGGUCUCUCCCCACCGUUUGAGCGUCGACCCUUCCCACAUGGAAGUUGACGUCCACAGAAACUCUCCAUUGCGUUCCUCUGCCCUAUUUUCAUCCACCGAUAUCCCUCGUUUAUCUCUCCUGCGCGCAUCUACCUCGCCGACUGACCCAAAGAAAACCGAGGUUGAGACGGGCGUGCAGGCUCAUUUGGGAUCUCACCGGUACAAGGUGUCAUUGGAUCACACAGGUACGAAAACCAGUCGGCCUCAAGGCACUUUACCUGAACGGAAUCUCUUCCCGUCAACACUAGAUGAUGUCUCUCAUACAUCUCACUCUUUGACCAUCCUAUCCUCUGGCCAGGGCUCUCACGCCAGUCAGGAUCUCUUAUCCUACAGUCCAAAAGAAGAAACCCCCCAUACCCCUGUUGCGCCCGAACGAAGCCCCAGCAGAGGUCGUCGUGGCCGGGUUGACAGUUCAAUUGAAGCCAAUUUGCCCAAUUCGGAGCCGACUUCUAAUGUGCGCAGCCGUAAGUCCAGCCACUACCUGGGCCUCUUCAAAGAAAACACAACCACUUCUUCACCGGAUCGCAAACGACGGGAGGAUCGCGGCCCAUCACAAGAUGAGACGUUGGAGUCGAGGGAUCACACCAUGGAUCAUGAACAAGAACCACGCCGUUCAGAGCAGGAAACUUCGCUUCGUAAAAGCAUAUCACUCUCCGCACUUGGCGAUGCUCCGUCUUUCCAACCUCCGGACGAGUCCUCUCAGACCAUGCAUGACGAUGUGCCCUCCAAGCGUCGCCCUACAGCGUUGCCUCGCAGCUUGCUGGAAGAGAUCCGAAAUUUCCAUCUCACACCUGGCGGUAGCCAUGGAUCUUCUUUCUCCAAAAGCAUUCCAACUCAAUAUUCAGAGCGCACCCGCGACUACUUCCAGAAGGAUCCUGAUCUUGAGGUAUCCCCGACUGACUCUUUCGAGGAAGAAGAGCGUUGUGAAUCAAGGCAGUUUGGGGUUGAGGAGGAGGAAAAUGAGCAGAUCUCUUCUGCGGUUUACUUCCCCCACGAGCGGACAGUGCCUGAUGGCGCUGAUGCGCUGCAACAAUUUCCUGAUAGGCCUCAUGAUGGACAUCCGGGUCAGCUGUCAGCCGCGGAGAAAGGUCAUGAGCUGAUGUUAGUACCAGAACGUAGCGAUUCACCCGAAAAGGAAAUCAGCCAUGUGGAUAUAUCCUUUCGAUCUAAGAAUGAAAGUAAGAUCCUUUAUGGCGAUAUCCAUUCUCCUCGAGAGACUCUGCCAGACAAGCCUUUGGGUACCAUCUCUGAAUGCAGCUAUGAUGCAACAUACGAUUCUGAAGCCGAACCGUCAGCGGAUGAAAGUAUACACUCUGCAAAUGAUCUGACUGACGAGGCGGAAACCCCCACUGCCACACCGACCCAGAAAUCCCGGCUUCUCUCUCGCCCCAAACCCCCGCCCCCGAGGCCUCUUGGUGCCGUGGAAUUGAAGCCCUAUCGACAUCAGGUUGGCGGCCACACGACUGUUUUCCGAUUUUCCAGACGCGCUGUCUGCAAGCAGCUGAACAACCGAGAGAAUGAGUUCUACGAACGCAUUGAGCUGAGACACCCAGAUAUGCUGGUGUUUCUUCCAAAAUACAUUGGAGUGCUGAAUGUCACCUUCUCGAAGACAUCUAAACGAAAGGACCAGGCAGUUCAAGAGACAACACCUGCCAAUGGAACUUCAGCUCUCAGCUCUCAGCUUCACGAGGCAGCGGAGCCACAUGAGCCACAGCGAAUUGUUAGCCAGUCACAAGUCACAGGAGUGAUCCCCAAGGUCAUUCUUGAGAACAAUCGCCACAUCAUUCCUGCCGAUCUUUUUACCCGCCAGCAGCGACCGCGCACAGCAGAUGCUUCGAUAAAUCGCGCUCGAUCUGUUGAUGGCCUCGAGGGUAUGUCAGUAGAGUCUGACCCGUCGGCUCUGAGCAAGCGGGCCAAGAUCUGGGGCGCCACAACCGUCAAUCUCAAGCUUCAGGAGCAGGUUCUUCGCGAGGUAUUCAGCCCUCCUGCCAUUCAUCAUCAUCGACGGCAUGCUCGUGGUCAUGUCCAUCUGCCAAGAGCUCAUUCCGACAUGCCCACAACCACACGCCGCCGAGGAAACCUAUCAGAAGACAACACAGCCGGCAAUCGACGACCAACCCCUGGGCCAAUCGAAGCUCUGAAGACGGAAGCGAUUGACAUAAAGGUGCCCCCUAAUGAAGGCCCUGCUCUUUCAUCGUCGGCCUCGACUGCCCUAGAUGCCAAUCAGAACCGCCUGGAGAAAAUCCGGACUGAGGAGGAGCCUAACCGAGCAAGCUCGCUCUCUCGUGCUUCUCACACAAGACGGCGGCAUUCUGGGAGUGGCCUCCGGAGACGUGGCAGCAUGGACUCUCGCAACCAAGGAGAGCUCAUGUUCUUCGAUGACGAUGAUUAUGGCGCUGACAAGGAGGAUGAGAUUUUCUCUAUGGAAGCCGACGCUCCAAUGUCGGCUACUUCUUCCACCGCUAAACGUUCAGCUUCACCAGUUUCAGAAAACAACUCGACCAAUGGUCACCCUGCAGCCGAAGUUUUCCCUUCUAGCAUAACUUCUGAUCCAACUCGUUUCAAACCGAAAGAGCCUCUCAACGCGGUUUUACCUAGCAACCCUAAAGAGGCACAACUCAGGAAGGACGAAAGAGUGCAGUUCUUCCUCCUCCUUGAGGAUUUAACAGCUGGUAUGAAUAAACCAUGCGUGUUGGAUUUGAAGAUGGGCACCAGACAGUAUGGUAUCGAAGCGAAUGAGAAGAAGAAGAAGUCUCAGCGACGUAAAUGCCAGUCCACUACUUCCCAGCAGCUGGGUGUACGGCUCUGUGGCAUGCAGUCUUGGAACGUCAAGAAGCAGGAGUACAUCUUUGAAGACAAGUAUUUCGGACGGGAUUUGAAAUCUGGUCGUGAGUUCCAGGAUGCACUCACUCGGUUCCUUUACGACGGUGUCAGCUAUGCCAGCGUUGCCAAAAAGAUCCCUGUCAUUUUGGAAAAAUUAGCUCUAUUAGAACACAUGAUUCGGCAGCUAGAUAGCUACCGGCUCUAUGCUAGUAGUCUCUUGAUUCUUUAUGACGGAGAACCACAAGCCCCACCUCAGCAGGAACCGCCUCGUUCUGGCGAACGCACGUCACUCAAACAUGGAACCUCCGAAGAUGGCCAAAGCAGAAUGAACGUUCAACUGAAGAUUGUCGAUUUCGCUAAUUGUGUCACUGGCGAGGACGAACUUCCUCCAGAUACGCCAUGUCCACCUCACACCCCGCACGAUAUUGAUCGUGGAUAUCUGCGUGGCUUGCGCACACUCCGGAUGUAUUUCCAGCGCAUCCUGAAAGAGGUUACUCUGGAUGAAUUUGUGGAACGAGGUGAAGGUGAAGCCAUCGCGCUGGGCUCUCAACCCGCGGCUCGUGAGAGGCCCUCUGCUCAGUAUUGGGAUGAGACUAUGAUGGAAUCCGACGCGGGUGAACCGUCCCGUCUUCCAUACCCAUCUGGACCAACCUAUCUUACGCUUCCCCUCAGCAAAGAGCAGAUACAGCCUAGCGCAACCGGUGCGGAGAAGGCAACCACUAUGACAAUCGAUAAGCGGGACUUCGACGCGAACCGCCCGCUCCUCAAGGAUAUCGAUGCAGAACAUGACACAACCGACCGAAGCGCAGAGCCAUCACGGUUAAGGCCUGGGUCACGAAACUCACGGAGCUCCGGUAAUGACGGACUAGGUCUACGGAGUGAUGAUGGGCUACUGAGCGAUGUCGUCGAGGAGCUUGUCGAGCGGGACAGACGGAAGAUGCAGAAGGAGGUUAUUAGAGUGCUUAGCUUUGCAUGGGGUGUUGUCACAUGCUUGGGAGCUGGCAGUAUCACUGCUUUCUCUUUAUAUGGCCAUCUGUUCCUUACUAGACUCCAUUACUCGCAGUUCCAGGUCAAUGCCGUUUCUAUCGCCGCUGAAAUCGCAAUGUACCUUCCCGUCCCCUUGUUCGGCUAUUUGUGUGAUCGGUACAGCCCGUCUCCACUAGCUAUGUUCUCCGGACUGGUAUUUGGAAUCGGGUAUCUCCUCGCGGCGUUCACGUAUAAGAGCGGCCCGACUACUGAGGCGGGCGGGUCUGGGUGGCCCUUCUGGGUGAUGAUCGUGGCGUUUAUCGCUAUUGGUAUGGGGACUAGCUGCAUGUAUCUCGCAGCUGUUGCAACAUGCGCCAAGAACUUCGGCAGGGGAAAGCACAAGGGGAUCAUGCUAGCUGUUCCCAUUGCGGCGUUCGGCCUCAGUGGUAUGUGGCAGAGCCAGCUCGGUGUGUAUAUGUUCUAUGAACGUCUCGAGGAUGGGAGUCACGGUGAUCUUGAUGUUUUUAAAUACUUCGUCUUUCUGGCGCUUCUGCUGCUUGGAAUUGGUGUCAUCGGUACCUUUGCAUUGCGCAUCGUGGAGGAUGAUGAUAAGUAUAUUGAUGAAACGGUUGAAGAACUGGAACGCAGCGGACUACUGGAGGAGAGUGAUUUCUUCCGGCCACGGAAUGAAAUCAGGCAAGCGGUUGAGUACGGUACGUUCUCUGAUGCAUUCGACGAAGAGGGGUCAGCCCUGUCCGACGAAGAGCGCGAGCAGCAAAGGCUAGAGAAGGAACGUGAGGAAGAGGAGCGCCGGAAAAAGAACUGGCUACUCAACUAUGAAACCCGUGUGUUCCUACAAGAUAACACCAUGUGGUGGCUGGCUGCAGGCUUCUUCUUGGUCACCGGCCCCGGCGAAUCGUACAUCAACAACCUGGGCACAAUUAUCCCAACCCUCACACCUCAAUCAUAUCCCACAGGCGCAUCACCCCCAGCCGGAUCCCCCUCAACCCAUGUCACAACCGUAGCCCUAACAUCGACCAUUGCCCGCCUCCUAACAGGCUCUCUCUCCGAUUUCUUCGCACCCCCAGCAACACAUCUCUUCCCUUCACUUACCGAAGGAUCUCGACAAACACACCCAGCGUCUUCAUCCUCACGUCUCACUCUAUCCCGCAUGACCUUCCUCAUCCCCUCAGCCUUCCUCCUCUUCCUAGGCUAUCUUCUCCUCGCCUCACCCCUCCCACUAGCGCACCCAGGCAUCUUCAACUUAACAACCGCUCUAAUAGGCUUCGGGUACGGAAGCGCUUUCUCCCUCACUCCCAUCAUCAUAUCCGUCGUCUGGGGCGUCGAGAACUUUGCCACGAACUGGGGCAUCGUUGCCAUGAUGCCUGCGGCUGGUGCCGCGCUGUGGGGAGUUGUCUACUCCGCCGCCUAUCAGAAUGCUAUAGAUCAUGGCGAUGGUGGCUUUUCUGAUCGUCAGUGCCAUGGAUGGCGAUGCUAUGGCUUCUGGGCUGUUGGCUGCACAGUUAGUGUCUGGGUUGCUGUUUUGGCUUGGUUCGCUGCUUGGAGGGGGUGGAAGAAGAGGGGAGUUGUUGUUUAG